CGGCGAAACGUAUGUUUGCCGAGCAAGAAUAGAGCGGUGGUGAGGAAAGUGGCACUGUCAAAUCAUAGGCUGACUGCAUGUUAAAAAAGACGUAGCUAAUUCCAGAUUGCGUUUUACAGCGGAAUGUUCACUCGAAGGGGCCAUGGAGACGUCAAGAAAUCUACACAGAAAGUUCUGGACCCAAAGAAGGAUGUAUUGACCCGACUGAAGCACCUCCGGUCACUGUUAGAUAUCUUUGAGAAGAGUGAAUUGAAGACCUUCUUCGAAAGCAACUGUUCUCAGAUUUAUUUUAUCUUCUAUGAAAAUUUCAUUACACUGGAAAGUAACUUAAAGCAAAAAGGGAACAAAUCUCAGAGGGAGGAGCUGGACUCUAUCCUCUUUAUUUUUGAAAAAAUUCUGCAACUUCUACCAGAAAAAAUCUACAGUCGAUGGCAGUUCCACAGUAUAGGUUCUAUUCUGAAAAAGCUUUUGCACACUGGAAACUCAUUCAAGAUCAGAUGUGAGGGAAUUCGUCUGUUCCUGCUGUGGCUGCAGGCCCUGCAGAAUAACUGUGCAGAGGAGCAGUUCCUCAUCUUCGCCUGCCUGGUGCCAGGCUUCCCUGCUGUGCCCUCCACCAGAGGACCCUGCACCCUGGAUACCAUCAUCUACAACCCUUUCUCCAACCCUUCCGAUGCCAAGGUGGUGCCUGAGGAGAUCACCCCACUGGUGCCAGCUGUGCCAGGGGAGAAGCUGGCAGAUGACCAGACCUGCUACAUCCUCCAAACCCUGCUCAAGUUCAUGGUUGUCCAGGCGUCUAGUUUAGAGUGGAGGAACAAAGACAACCAGGACACCGGCUUCAGGUUUCUCUUCAGUCUGUUCAAGAAGUACUACCUUCCUCACCUCUUCCCCUCCUUCACCAAGCUCACCAACCUCUACAAGCCACUUUUAGACCUCCCCCACCACAGACCAAAGCCUCUGUAUGUCCCAGUGACCCGUAACAACGAGAGCACGUUCUGUACGAGGGACCAGUACCUAGCUCCCCGUGUGGCCUUUAUCACCUGGCUGGUCACCUUCUUCCUGGACAAGAAGUACAUCAGCACCCCCAGCGCCAAGAACGGGACGAACGAGGUCAUCCCCAAACUCAUCCAGACUGUCACCGCAGGCAGUAGCAGUCAGGAGAAGGAGAGGGAUAAAGACCGUGGUGGUAGUGAGGAGCCCCACGGCCCUACAGAGCCAGAGAAGAGCCACUCUAACAGUAGCACGCUGUCUGACCGGCGCCCCAGCGACUCCAGCCUGUGCAGCAUCGACGAGGAGCACCGGAGUGUCUACGACAUGGUGCACGGCAUCCUGCUCUCCACACGGGACAACAUCAACUUCGUCAACGAGGUCUUUCACCAGGCCUUCCUGUUGCCCUCCUGUGAGACGUCAGCGACCCGAAAGGUGAUCAAGGUGUACAGGAAGUGGAUCCUGCAGGAGAAGCCAGGCUUCAUGACGGAGCCAGAGAAGAGCAGACAGGCUGAGGUGGAGGAGAACCCUGAGCAGCUGCUCAUCACUGAGACUGACAACACACACACACCGGUGUUGAAAAGUCACGGUCACAAGCGUUCAUCCAGUUGGGGAAGAACAUACUCUUUCAGCAGUGCCAUCAGCCGGGGCUGUCUCACUGAGGAACAGAACAGAGACAUUAAGGCUGGCAUCCAGCCCACCCUGCAGGUGUUCCUGACCAACUCUGCCAACGUGUUUCUACUGGAGCCGUGCCAGGACGUGCCCAAACUACUGGACAACCAGGUGGAGGUGUGCAAGGGGGUGCUGAGCAUCUACCGCCACAUGAUCAUGGAGCACGCCAUGAACACACAGACAUGGCAGCAGAUGCUACAGGUGCUGCUGAGGAUCACUGAGGCGGUGAUGAAGAGGCCUCAGGAGAACCAGAGGAAAGACCCCUUCGCUGAGAGCCUGGCUGCCAUCCUCUUCAGGACAAUCAUCGUGGCAUGGGUACGGGCCAACCUGUGUGUCUUCAUCUCUCGGGAGCUGUGGGACGAGCUGCUGUCUGUGCUGUCGUCUCUGACAGGCUGGGAGGAGCUGGUGACAGAGUGGGCCAGCAUCAUGGAUUCUCUAACCGCUGUCCUGGCCCGCUCCGUCUACGGCCUGGACAUGAGCAACCUGCCCCUGGACAAACUCAGUGAACAGAAGGAGAAGAAACAGAGGGGACGGGGAGUGGUCCAGGACUCCCAGAAGGCAGCAGCGGUGGCCAGGUCCUUCUCUCUGAGCUGGAGAAACCAGGGAGACCAGCAGGGGGUCCAGGAGCCCAUGAGGUUCCGCAGCGCUACCACCUCAGGGGCCCCUGGCGUGGAGAAGGCCCGCAACAAUGUCCGACAGAAAGCCACAGACGUGGAGGAGGGCCAGCUGUCUGAGUGUGGGGGAGACGGAGACCUGGAGUCUGGUGACAGCCCUCUACCACGCAGCAGCAGCACCUCCGACAUCACACAGCAACUGUCUGACACUUUCCCAGGCCAGAAGAGAGCGUACUCGCCCAACAACUCCUGUGUCUCCGAUGGCAAGAUGUCAGAAGGGAGGAGAGAUGGCGACCCACCCUUGAUUCUGAUCCGGCGGAGCAGCAGUCCAGCUGAGCUGGACUACCCUGUAGAGGGUCACAGCACAUACACAAGGCUCCAGCUCUGGGAGAAAAGUGAGAGUGUGAGCAGCGAGACGUCCAACGGCUACCUGAACGACGCUGACAGCAGCCUGCUGGCCUGGCAGGCGUUUGAGGAGGAGGCAGACUUCCAUUCAGCCCAGAUAGGGGUCAAAGCAGACACAGAGAGCCAGAGGAACCUGCUGCUCAGCCACAAUGAGGCCCUUGCAGGUCCUGAGUGUACCCUCUCUCCCCACUCUGCACCACUGUCUCAGCACCAGCACCCCCCCGCCUCGCCAGCUUUGCUCGUGCACCCUGAGUGCCGGGAAUGCCCCCAGCUCCUGGAGGACACCAUGCAUCAGUCUGUGUUACACAUGCCUCAGGACCUGGACAGCAGUGAGUGUCUGACUGAUGAUGUCAGCAUCAUUGCAGGCGGGAGCCUAACAGGCUGGCACGCUGACUCAGCCUUUGUGCUCUGGAGGAGGAUUCUGGGUAUCCUGGGGGAUGUCAACAGCAUCCGCUGCCCCAGGAUCCACGCCAAGGUGUUCAGUUACCUCUACGACCUGUGGCACAAAUUGGCUAAGAUCCGGGACAACCUGGGCAUCAGUGUGGAUAACCAGUCAUCUCCUCCCCGCCCUGUCUUCAUCCCUCCUCUCAGAAUGCUGGCCUCCUGGCUCUUCAAGGCCACCAUGCUGCCAUCAGAGUUCAAAAUGGGGAAGCUGCAGGCCUAUAAACUAAUCUGUGAGAUGAUGACUAAGAACCAGGACGUGCUGCCCAACAGUGACUUCCUGGUCCAUCUCUACCAAGUCAUGCACAAGGGCUUCACCAGCGAGGACCAGGACGUUCUAAACACAGUGAUCCGUUCCUGUUCCCCACGCUUCUUCUACCUGGGCCUGCCUGGCUUCACUAUGCUGGUGGGAGACUUCAUCACCGCUGCAGCACGCAUCCUCAGCCACGACACCGCCGAGGCUCCGAGGAUUGACGCACAGACUGUCCUUGGGUCGCUGGUCUGUUUUCCCAACCUCUACCUGCAGAUUCCUCUACUGCAGACUGUUCCUGGAACUGAUAACAUCGUCAUCGGGAACGAGGACAUUAAGGACUAUCUGGUCAACAUCUUACUGAAGACGGCACGGAAUGAACCCUGUGAGGCAGCCAGGUGUAUAGCUGUGUGUAGUCUGGGCCUGUGGGUAUGUGAGGAACUGAUGCAGAAUCAUAUUCACCACCAGGUCAAGGAUGCCAUCAAUGUACUGGGCGUAACACUAAAGUUUGGGAACAAGGCUGUGGCUCAUGUAGCCUGUGACCUGUUCCAGCUCCUCAUCUCUCACUGGGAACACCUCCAGAGGCUAGAGCGCUCUCUCCCAAAGAAAAUCAUUGAGAUCUUUGUGGCUACUAUAGCAUUUCUGUUGCCGAGCGCAGAGCACUCGGCAGUGGAGGCUGACAAAAAGCUAAUGGUGUCUCUGCUGCUGUGCCUGCUGGACUGGUGCAUGGCCAUGCCCCUGAGUAUGCUGCUGGAGCCCAUCACCAUGCCCGUGCUGGAGGACUCCACAUCCCACAAGGCCCCUCUGCUCGACUACAUCUACAGGGUGCUUCACUGUUGUGUCUCUGGCUCCAACCUGCACACCCAGCAGAGUCACUACCUCCUGAGCCUGUCUGACCUCUCCACUGACUACGACCCCUUCCUCAUGCUGGGCCAAGUCAAAAAUUCUGAGCCCCCGCCUUCACACACUGCUGCAGACUUUGGCAACCUGCUCACCGUUGCCGAAGAGAAGAAAAGACGGAAUAUGGAGCUCAUCCCUCUGACGGCGCGGAUGAUCAUGACACACCUUGUGAACCACCUGGGCCACCAUCCCCUCAGUGGUGGCCCCGCCCUCCUGCACAGCCUGGUCAGUGAGAACCACGACAACCCCUUUGUGGAGUCAUCAGAACUCUCCUCUGAGGUGUUCAAGAGCCCCAAUCUGCAGCUGUUUGUGUUCAACGACAGCACCCUGGUGUCCUACCUCCAGGUGCCCUCGGAGCCCUCUGGUCCAGGGGAACCCUAUGACAACUCCUCCCAGGUACGGGUCAUCGUCAGGGACAUCUCUGGAAAGUACUCCUGGGACGGAGGGGUCCUCUACCGCACCCAGGAGGGAGUCAACGGCAUGCAUCAGAGGACCUCAGACCCCUCCAACCACUCUACCACCAAGCCUAUCUCACCAGGCACCUCAGACCCUUCCAACCACUCCACCACCAAGCCCACCUCACCAGGCACCUCAGACCCCUACAACCACUCCACCACCAAGCCCACCUCACCAGGCACCUCAGACCCCUACAACCACUCCACCACCAAGCCGACCUCACCAGGCACCUCCGAGCGCUCCAACCCCCCUGGCUGGGACUCCCAGUCAGGCUGUGAUGAGGAGGAGGUAGAUGGCCUGGACCAGCUCCUAGAAGACCUGGGAUACAGCAGCCCUGAGUGCCUGCCCCAGCCCCGGCUGAGGCUCAACCAGCCAGCCCCCUCUCCCUGUGGGAUGAACCUGGAGCAGGAGGGGGCCAUCAUGGAGGCCAUCCUCAGGCAGAUGCAGCAGGAGGAGGAGCAGGUGAAGAGGUGGAACGCAGACGUGAGCGUCAAGGCCACCGGCCAGAGAGAACCCACUCACCAGGAGCCCAAAGCUCUCUUCUACUUCUGCAGACUGCUACUCAACGACCUGGGUAUGAACUCAUGGGACCACAGGAAAAGCUUUCAUCUCCUGAAGAAGAACUCAAAACUUUUGAGAGAACUGAAGAAUUUGGAUUCCAGGCAUUGCAGGGAGACACACAAGAUCGCUGUGUUCUACAUCGGGGAGGGUCAGGAGGACAAAUGCUCCAUCCUGUCCAACAGCGCAGGCAGUAAGACCUACGAGGAUUUUGUGUCUGGCCUGGGAUGGGAGGUGGAUCUAGCCACACACUGUGGCUUCAUGGGAGGCCUUCAGAGGAACGGCAGCACAGGACACACUGCUCCCUACUACGCUACCUCCACGGUGGAAGUCAUCUUGCAUGUGUCCACACGCAUGCCGUCCAACUCUGACGACUGCCUCACCAAAAAGCUGCGUCACCUGGGCAACGACGAGGUUCACAUAGUGUGGUCGGAGCACAGCAGGGACUACCGACGCGGCAUCAUCCCCACUGACUUUGGAGACGUACUGAUCAUCGUGUACCCCAUGAAGAACCACACGUUCUUCAUCCAGAUCAUGAAGAAACCACAGGUCCCUUUCUUUGGGCCUUUGUUCAACGGGGCCAUCGUCACUGGAACGCUGCUGCCCAGCCUGGUGCGCGCCACCUGCAUCAACGCCAGCAGAGCUGUCAAGUCCCGCCUGACGCUCUACCAGAGCUUCUAUGAGGAGCGUGCGCUUUACCUGGAGGCCAUCGUGCAGAACCACCGGGAGGUCAUGACCUUUGAGGACUUUGCCUCGCAGGUCUUCUCCCCUUCAACCAGCUACUACCCAAUGAGUGGGACAGGCUCCCUCAGUGGCAGCACGAGUGCUGAGCUCAGUGUUUCCGUAGGAACGGACCAUGUGGACCAGGUCUCUCCCACGAUGCCCCGUGCCACAAAAAACAGAGUUUCCGGAAAACUCCGCCGAUCAGCCAGCGCCAUAAGCAAAUCCUCCAACUGAGCUCUCUCGCCCAACCCACCCCCAAAACCUCCCGUUUGGCCUUCACUACCGGUCCUGUUUUAAACCGUCAUACCGGCCCCUAAUGACUACAGUUUGGGGGUGUGCUUUGUUUGUUUUGUUUUGUGUGUGUUGUUUAAACAUUUAAAUGGAGCAUAUUGCACAUUUUAAUUUGUGGCAAUUAUUGAUUCUUUGAUACACUUCCAGUUGUUUUGCUGUUGAACUGCAUAUUUGAGAUGAAGCUAUUGAUGUUUUUUCCAAUGUGGCUGCACUUUGUUUUGGAAGAAUCAAAGCUUCCUUUUUAAUUUAUAACUGAUAAAUAGCACUACUCAGUACAGUGAUAAAACGAGGUAUGUAUAGCCAGGGACUGGAGUGAAAGAUCAUGUUAGGAGACUUGAAGUCCACCUAUCAUGAACAUUUCAAUUUUGUUUUUUCAUGCCAUAGCUGUUGAGCUGGUAGUUGACACUGCUGUAGAGGAAAACUCUAAGAGGCUGAAAUGCUAGAGAAAUGGGAGACUGUCAUAGAUUGUAUUCUUGUGAAGAGAAGCAGCUGCGCAUAUAUAGUUAAUAUAUACUGUAAUAAAACAUUUCUCAUCGUCCAUAUGCAUUUUGAUAUGUCAGCCUUUUGAUUUUCUCAUUGACCCCCCUUGUGAUCCUGCUGUGUGAAACACUGAUGAUAGUCUUGCAAUGCUGUUGACAGGACAGGGUGAUUUUUAAGGGUGAUGUUGUUGUUUGGUUUGUUGUUUUGUCCUGGGUCUUGAGCCAUGGAAGCCUGUCUGUCUGUCUGGGUCAUACUCAUCCUCUUGUUGUGGAGAGGAGGAAGGACUGCGUCAUAGGAGGUGCUGCUCUAGCAUAAUGCUGUACCGUACCACAAUUCCUGUUUACGGAGUGCUGUGAGUGGGUGCAGUAGGAGUCUGUUUUUAAUAGUUAUGAACCUGGAGUGGACAAUCAAUGAUGUCUUUCCAACCUGAGGUGAAUCGAAGCUUGUUUUUGUUUUUCUAUCUCUCUAAUGUCCUUUUUAAAUGGAUUCUGAUGGAUUUUGUCAUGCUUUGAUUUAUGCAACUCUGCUGGAAAUGAGAAAAUACUGCAUUUGUAAUUGUUUAGUGAUGUUGCCCUGUGUAGGAUUGUUUAACCUGGGUUCAUAAUCUGUAAUCCAAUAAAUUCCAUCUGUCUCUUCCUCUGCUAUAAUUUUCUUGAUGUCUUGUAAAGCUACAAAUAUGACAUUCCAAUGUCCCUACAGAUGAUAUUUUGCACUCACUGUCAUUGAAAACUAGCAUUGAAUGUUUUUCUCUUUAUUCUUGGAUGUAAAUUGCUUUACAUUUUAUUUGAUGUGUUUGUUUCAGUGUGUGAGAGCAUGCAAAGUCAUAUUUGAAGACUUCUUUUUGCUGUUGUGUUGUAUAAUGUAUACAUGUGCUGUUUAGAGGAAGAAGUAGCCGGAGCCUCAGGUGAAUCUUAACCCCGUGUGUGUGUGUGUGUGUGUGUGUGUGUGUGUGUGUGUGUAUUUCUGAAGGAGCUUAUUGCAGUGCCUGUGUAAUAUGUCCACCAAUAUCCAUUCCUAGACCCUACCACUGUUAGACAUAAUUUGAUUUAUUUAGGGUUUUUUUCAUUCCAAGAAGCAAAACGUGGACAGCUAGCUUUGCCUUCCUGUCUCACAUCUCUGUUAACUAGAGGGAGAGUGUCCCCCCCAUUUGACUGUAAAGGUCAGUGUCUUGUCCUAGUCCUCACAAGCGUUUUAUAUGAACAGAUUGACUGGGUUUGGCCCACUUUGUUUAUUUGAGGAGGUGCUCUUUUCUCUCGGAAUUGGAAACAAAUGCCACCUUCUCUUUCCCAUGAUGCACCAUGAGUAACCUCAUGAGGCCGGUGGGGGUUGGGGAGUUAGAAGGCAUACCAGCGCUGAGCUCUGGCGACCCUCCUAGCAAUAGGCAGGUUGACUCUGUGCUACCCAAGCCCCCUCCUCCUCCCACCCAAACCUGCCGCUUUAGGUUGCCAUGGAAGCCAGGUGUUACAUACACAUGAUGGAGGGCUCUACACGAGCUGCAACACUGUCCGUCUGUUGCACUACUUUACCUUACCUGUACAUCUCCAUUUUCUUUCAUUUUGUUCUCUCGUUUUUUUGUGUCUUUCUUUCCCAAGCAGUGAUUAAUAACAUAGGAGGCAUGAAUGUCGAGUUUGUUUAGAGAGAUUGAAGUCUGUUUUGUGCAUUUGAAGAAUGUAUGCAAAUACUGACCUGAGUCAGAUCAAUGCUCUCACUUUCCCAAUAGCCACUGUAAAGAACUACCCAGAUAAUUUUACUGAUCUUCUUAUGGAGUUUAGAUUGUAGAUUUGAUGUUGUGGAUGGGAUCCCUGUUAUAUAUGGGAGAAUAUGGGCCUAAGGUGUUGUUUGGACCAGGGUAAGGAUUGUGUCUUACUCAGACUGGUUCAACUCAUGUAAAGCAACAGAUUUAGUGUCAAUUCUAGAUUUUGGUUUAGGAAUCCUGUACAUUGUGUCAAAUUGAGGGCUCCAGUCCUUAUGAAUAUACAUAUAUUAAUGCCUGUAAUAUAAUCUUUGUAUAAGAGGAAGAGGACGAUUUCAUCUUUACUUGUUAACAUAUCAAACUGUUUUUAAUGGCAGAAGUCAUGCUAUCUUUAUUAGAAAUGUGAAAAUCGAAAAUAUUUCAUUAAAUCAAUUUGAAAUUCUC